AUGGGCUCACCGGUCUCCGGUUUGGUGGCAGAACUGGUCCUACAGGAGUUAGAAAAGAUUGCCAUCCUCCAACAUGAACCGGUGUUUUGGCGCCGUUACGUUGACGACACGUUCAUCGUCGUAAAGAAGGACAUGCUGCAACAUUUCCACAGCCUGCUCAACGCAGUCUUCCCGGACAUAACAUUCACGAGGGAAGAAGAACAAGAACAGCAGUUUCCCUUCCUGGGUGUGCUCUUCAGACGAAACCUCAACGGAGAACUUGAAACGACGGUUUAUAGGAAGGCUACGAACACCACACAGCUUCUCAGUUUCCCCAGCAACCAUCCGGUGGCUCAAAAACGAAGCUGUGUGAAGACGCUCUUCAAACGGGUCCAAACUCAUUGCAGCAAACCAAAGGACAGAGCAGGUGAGGCACGUUAUCUCCGCGACCAGUUUGUGCAAAAUGACUAUCCGAGGGCAUUCAUAGGUCGCUGCCUAUGCGGUCGCCACCAGAGAACCCGAGCAUCAACACCACCGACGAUAUGACAUUCUCUGCCAUACAUAAAGUGUGUUUCAGAAGCGACCGAGCACGUUGCUGCGGAGCUAGGUGUUGGAAUUGCACACCACCCCAAAGCCACCAUGCGCAGCAGGGUCAUGUAAAUCAAAGACCAGUUAAAACCUGAAGGCCAAUGUGGAGUAGUGUAUCGCAUUCCGUGUCAAAAUUGUCCUUGUAAUUACACAGGACGGACCGGACGCGUGCUCGGAUCGCGCAUACACGAACAUAAGCUGGAUGUGCGGCGAGGCGACGCAUUAUCACAAGUGGCCGCCCAUGCCUACGAAAUGGGUCACGAGUUUGACUUCGUAGCCACCAAAAUAGUCGUCUACGCCGGAAACAAAACAGGCCGAGAAUUGAUUGAAGCCUGGGCCUCGGAUGAGAACUCGGCCAAUCGAUUUAUCGAUCUGGCGCCGGCGUACAGAGCCCUGCGUAGUCACCUCCAGGCGUGCGACGUCGGUCUAUGA